AUGCUGUGCUAUAUUUUACUAUUUUUUUUACCUAUCGUAGGUACAUGGUUAUAUUUGAAAUAUGAAAAGCAAAAACAUAGAAUUAAGAAAAAAGAAUUUAUAAAUUCGAAAACAGAUGAAAAAAUUAUUGCAAAUAAAGGGGAAGACGAACAAUUUAAUUACGCAGAAAAAAAAAAUUCUUAUUUAAUAACAAGUGAAGAUAAAAAUUUAAUAAAAAGGAAAACACCAAAGAUGGAAAAUAUUAUAUCCCAUUGUGGAAAUUUGGUUAAUCAGAGUACUGACGAAACAAAUGAUGAAAAAUGGGAUAUGAGCACUAGUAAGAUUUUGAACGAAGAAAGUUUUACAAAGAAUAAAAAUGCAUACGUAUUGUGGCAUUUAAGGGAUGAUGGUCAACUAAAAAAGGAAACUCAAAAUGAGUUAACAAGCAAUCAUCAGCAAGCAUGUAACGAGAGCGAGAGCGGUCACAGAGGGUAUGCUCCAAAAAAUGAUGGCAAAAUAUGUGGAGAAAAGAAUGGCAAAAUGGAUGGAGAAGAGAAUGGCAAAAUGGAUGGAGAAGAGAAUGGCAAAAUGGAUGGAGAAGAGAAUGGCAAAAUGGAUGGAGAAGAAAAUGGCAAAAUGGAUGGAGAAGAGAAUGGUAAAAUGGAUGGAGAAAUAUAUGACGAUAAAAAGAGUGAGAAGGAGGAACAGUACGCUGAAGAAAAGCCCUACGAGCAAGUAACAAAUUACAUUGACAAGGUCAAAUCACAAAAGGAAUGUGAUAAUGAAUACAUUAAAAUGAAUGAAAAGAUUAAUGAGAGUACAAUAGAAAGUCUCUUUGAUAUGAUCAAUUUAAAAAAGGAGGAAACUACCAAAAAUGCAGAAACAUCUUUUGAACAUAUAAAUGCUAAUUUUGAUAAAGAAUGUUCUAUGGGAGGAGGGGCAGUUACGAAUAAGGGUUACACCGCAAGUAAUGUUUACACAGAAAGAGAAAACUUGAUAUAUAAUAAGGAGGAGAAUAAUAAGGGUGGUAAUUAUAGUAGCAGUAAUAAUAACCGUAGCAAUGAUAAUAACCGUAGCAGUGAUAAUAACCGUAGUAGUGAUAAUAACCGUAGCAGUGAUAAUAACCGUAGCAAUGAUAAUAACCGUAGCAGUGAUAAUAACCGUAGUAGUGAUAAUAACCGUAGCAGUGAUAAUAACCGUAGCAGUGAUAAUAACCGUAGUAGUGAUAUUAACCGUAGUAGUGAUAAUAACCGUAGCAGUGAUAAUAACCGUAGCAGUGAUAAUAACCGUAGCAGUGAUAAUAACCGUAGCAGUGAUAAUGACGAUGUUGUCGGUACUUGUGUUAGUAAGAAUGAUACAAACUAUGCAGAUAGCAGAGAGCAUAAUGAAGUAAAAUUUGGUAAUGCAAAUAAAGAGAACUUUACUAAAAAUGUGGAAAAUAAAACAAGGAAUUAUUACAGUGACAACUGUAUAAACAAUAAUAGUGAACAAAAUUCGAGUUCAUAUUUAUCCUCAUCAAAAGAAGAUGAUUAUUCGGACGAUAUGAGUUCGAAUGAAAAUAAUUCACACAGAUCUGAUGAGUCUGAAAAUGAAAAGAGCUCAUCAGUGGGAAGCCAAGAUGGAGAGGAUGAGGAUGAUGAUAAUUUUAGUAAUGAAAAUUAUAGUUAUGAAAACUCUUCAUAUGAAAGUGAAAGUACCUAUUCGAUGGAAGAAAAAGAGUCAAAUAUGAAUUUAAGUAACAAAACUGUUGAGGAAAUAAAAGAUAUUGGGAAUGAUUAUUUUAAAAAAUCUGAUUAUGUAAAUGCUAUAUAUUAUUAUAAUAAAGCUUUAAAAAAAUGUAAGGAAAAAAAUGUUAAAAGCAUAUUAUAUUCAAAUAGAGCUGCAUGUAAUAUUUUUUUAAAAAAAUGGAAUGUUGUAGUGGAGGACUGUAAUAAAUCUAUUAACUGUAAUGACAAUUAUGUGAAAUCAUACAUACGUAGAAGUAAUGCAUAUGAACAGCUAGAAAAAUAUAAUGAUGCGUCUAAUGAUUUAAAUAAGGCAAUAUCUAUGGAUCCAUCUUUACUAAGCAAUUAUGCGUCAAAACAAAGGAAAUUAAAAAUAUUAGCUGAACAACAAUUAAAUAAAGAAAAAGAAGAAAUGGUUGGAAAAUUAAAAGAUUUUGGUAAUUUACUUUUAGGAAAGGUUGGUCUCUCUUUGGAUAAUUUUAAAGUACAAAAAAACCCCAAUAAUGACGGCUCCUUUAAUAUUCAAUUUAUGCAAAAUAAAUGA